UAUAAAGAUCGGUUACAGAGAGCAUUAAUCACAAAGCAAAGAAGCUGUGAAGUGAAUUGUCUUAUUUAUAUAACUUUAUAAUAAACAUGAUGUCGUUGAAGUAUCUGUUUGUGUUUGGUGUGUUGGCUGUUAGCCUCAGGAGUGCGCGGGCCAUAAGUGAUGAAGACAGGAACAAGAUCCACACGGCAGUUCUGCCUCAUGUAGCUGAAUGCAGCGCAAACUUCGGUGUUACUGAGGAUGACAUUAAGGCAGCGAAGGAAGCUGGUACAUUAGGCACCUUCAACCCCUGUCUAAUGGGAUGUGUUCUUAAAAAAAUCCAAGUAAUUGACGACAAAGGUUUAUUUGAUGCUGAUAAAGCUGUGGAGUUAUCCAACAAGUAUUUCUCUGAUGAGGCUGACAAGAAGAAAGCUGAGGAAAUAAUCACAACAUGCAAAGCAGUAAACGACAAGGAAGUAGGUGAUGGCGAAAAAGGUUGUGAAAGAGCCGGAUUGCUCUUCCAAUGUUUCCUUCCUUUUAAAGAUGCGUUCAUCAAUUAGAUAGCUGCUGUCUAAGCUCGUGAUAUCAUCGGAUUCUACAAUAUUCCUAGCACAUUUGUUCUAUAUAUAUUUUGUUGCAAUUUAAAAAAAUAAAAUAAUUGAAUUUUAA